GAAACCAAGAAAAGCUCCUAGUCCUAGGUUGGAGCGGUUGCGUUGUGCUAGCUACACUAGAUUCUAGCUAGAGAGCUAGUAGCUACUUGCAUUAGGCUACUAGCCGGCCAUGGGUUGCUGCCGCACCGGCGUCCACUGCGGUGCUGGACCGAGAAGAAACCAACUGCGGCGAUGUUGGGGUGGUGGGGGCUCGCUCGUGCUGCUAUUGCUGCUGGUGGCGGUGGCGGUGCCGGCGCGAGGGCAGCGGUCGGACGGCGUGGUGAUCGCGCAGGCGGACCUGCAGGGGCUGCAGGCCAUCCGCCAGGCGCUGGUGGACCCGCGCGGGUUCCUGGCCGGCUGGAACGGCACGGGCCUCGACGCCUGCUCCGGCGGCUGGACGGGGAUCAAGUGCGCGCGGGGCAAGGUCGUGGCCAUCCAGCUCCCUUUCAAGGGCCUUGCCGGCGCGCUCUCCGACAAGGUCGGCCAGCUCGCCGCGCUCCGGAGGCUCAGCUUCCACGACAACAUCAUCGGCGGCCAGGUGCCCGCCGCGCUCGGCUUCCUCCGGGAGCUCCGCGGCGUCUACCUCCACAACAACCGCUUCGCCGGUGCCGUGCCUCCGGCGCUCGGCGCCUGCGCGCUCCUGCAGACGCUCGACCUCAGCGGCAACUCUCUCUCGGGGAGUAUCCCUUCCGCCCUGGCCAAUGCCACUCGCCUCUAUAGGGUCAACCUCGCGUACAACAACCUCUCCGGUGUCGUGCCGGCCAGCCUCACUUCCCUCCCGUUCCUCGAAUCCCUUCAGCUCAACAACAACAAUCUCAGCGGCGUAAUUCCGCUCACCGUUGGCAGUCUCAGAUUGCUCCACGAUCUUUCUCUCGCUAGCAAUUUGAUCGGUGGAAGCAUCCCGGAUGGGAUUGGCAACGCCACAAAGCUCAGAAACCUUGAUCUCUCUGACAACCUUUUAGGUGGUAGCCUCCCUGAGUCACUCUGCAACCUCACUUUGUUAGUGGAGCUCGAUCUCGACGGGAACGACAUUGGUGGACACAUCCCGGCAUGCUUUGACGGGUUCAGGAAUCUGACCAAGCUGUCCAUGAGGAGGAAUGUCCUCGACGGCGAAAUCCCGGCGACUGUCGGGAACCUCUCGGCACUGUCACUGUUCGACGUGUCUGAGAACAACCUCACCGGAGAAAUUCCGACCUCCUUGAGUGGCCUUGUCAAUCUCGGUUCUUUCAAUGUGUCCUACAACAAUCUCUCGGGACCUGUGCCUGCAGCUCUCUCCAACAAGUUCAAUUCUAGCUCGUUCGUUGGAAACCUUCAGCUCUGUGGCUUCAAUGGCUCUGCCAUUUGCACUUCUGUUUCAUCUCCGCUCGUGGCGCCGUCCCCUCCACUGCCUUUGUCAGAGCGGCGAACCCGGAAGCUCAACAAAAAGGAGCUCAUCUUUGCGGUAGCUGGCAUCCUCCUGCUCUUCUUUCUACUGUUCUGCUGCGUCUUCAUCUUCUGGAGGAAAGACAAGAAGGAAAGCUCGCCCCCCAAGAAGGGCGCCAAGGACGUGACCACCAAGACUGUCGGGAAGGCCGGCACUGGCACAGGCAAAGGCACCGACACCGGCGGGGACGGCGGCGGCAAGCUGGUGCACUUCGACGGGCCGCUCUCGUUCACAGCGGACGAUCUGCUGUGCGCGACCGCGGAGAUCCUCGGGAAGAGCACGUACGGGACGGUGUACAAGGCAACCAUGGAGGACGGCAGCUACGUCGCGGUGAAGCGGCUCCGGGAGAAGAUCGCCAAGAGCCAGAAGGAGUUCGAGCCGGAGGUGAACGCACUCGGCAAGCUCCGGCACCCCAACCUCCUCGCGCUCAGGGCCUAUUACUUGGGACCCAAAGGCGAGAAGCUUCUGGUGUUCGACUACAUGCCCAAAGGCAACCUUGCUUCUUUCCUCCAUGCUCGUGCACCGGACAGCAGCCCGGUGGACUGGCCGACGAGGAUGAACAUCGCGAUGGGCCUUGCGCGGGGAUUGCACCACCUACACACCGACGCCAACAUGGUGCACGGCAACAUCACCAGCAACAACAUCCUCCUGGACGAGGGGAACGACGCCAAGAUCGCCGACUGCGGCCUGUCGCGCCUCAUGAGCGCGGCAGCCAACUCCAGCGUGAUCGCCGCCGCGGGCGCGCUCGGCUACCGCGCGCCCGAGCUCUCCAAGCUGAAGAAGGCCAACACCAAAACCGACAUCUACAGCCUCGGGGUGGUCAUGCUCGAGCUCCUGACCGGCAAGUCGCCCGGGGACACGACCAACGGCCUCGACCUGCCGCAGUGGGUGGCCUCGGUCGUCGAGGAGGAGUGGACCAACGAGGUGUUCGACCUGGAGCUCAUGAAGGACGCGGCCGCGGGCUCAGACACCGGCGAGGAGCUGGUGAAGACGCUGAAACUGGCACUGCACUGCGUCGACCCUUCGCCACCAGCGAGGCCCGAGGCGCAGCAGGUGCUGAGGCAGCUCGAGCAGAUCAAGCCCUCGAUCGCUGUCUCUGCCGCUUCGUCCUUCGCCGGCGAGCCGAGCCAUACUACCGCGACCGCCACCAGUGUCACGGACGAGACGAAAUCUACAGUUACAGAGUAGUCGGCCUCUUGCAGACUGGAACUUACAGCUCUCAGUUACUUUACUUACUUCAGGUUCUUAAUAAGUAGACUUCAGAGUCUAUAUGUUUUUCAGUCUGUACAGUACAGGUGUAGGGGGUAGGAGAAUUUUGGUUGCCAUGUCAUUCUUUAAUUCCUGAAUUCGUUUGUACCUGCCAGAAGCACUCCAUGUUAUCAGAAGAUGAUCUGGAAGUGCUGGCUUCUGAUUAAGUUUCAGUUUAACAUUUG